CCGCCGCAAAAAUUCACCAUGUACUACCUAAAAAAAAACUUCCGCCGCCCCUUUUAUUGAGGUUUUGCAGUCUUUUUGAAAAACAUACCACAAAAAUGAGUACUUUUGAACCAGUUGUUGUUAUUGACGGUAAGGGUCACUUGCUCGGUAGAUUAGCUUCUAUCGUUGCUAAGCAAUUAAUGAACGGUCAGAAGAUCGUCGUUGUCAGAUGUGAAGCCUUGAACAUUUCUGGUGAAUUCUUCAGAAACAAGCUCAAGUACCACGACUACUUGAGAAAGGGUACCCGUUACAACAAGACUCACGGUCCUUUCCACUUCAGAGCCCCAUCUAGAAUCUUCUACAAGGCUAUCAGAGGUAUGAUGGCUCACAAGACCGCUAGAGGUACCGCCGCCAUGGAGAGACUUAAGGUCUUCGAAGGUGUCCCACCACCAUACGACAAGAAGAAGAGAGUUGUCGUCCCACAAGCCUUGAGAGUCUUGAGAUUGAAGCCAGGCCGCAAGUACACCACCGUCGGUAAGUUGUCUUCUUCUGUCGGUUGGAAGUACGAGUCUAUCGUCGACCAAUUGGAAGAAAAGAGAAAGGUUAAGUCUGCUGAGUACUACGCCAAGAAGAAGGCUUUGACCAAGAAGUUGAACGCUGCCAAGGCCUCCGUCGCUGAGUCUGAAGCCGCCAAGAAGUUGACCGCUUUGGGUUACUAA